GGCGUAUAGGGUUUAGAUUUUAGACCGUUAUAACACAAUCUCCGACUUCUUCACAGAAAUGGGAGCAAGCAAAGCAGGCGAAACGGUUUACAUGAUCUACAAAGCUCUGACAUACGGUCUAUCACCGCUCAUACAUCUUCAUCUCCGCUGGCGCAAGUUCCGAGGCCUCGAACAUCCUAUCCGCUGGCCGGAGCGUCUCGGUCGACCGUCUCACCGUCGCCCUCCUGGCUCACUCAUCUGGUUUCACGCCGUUUCAUUAGGUGAAGGAAUGUGUGUGGUUCCUGUGAUUAAGCGAUGUGUUGAACAAAGACCCGAUCUAACUGUUUUGAUGACUACAACUACAGCAUCUGCAUUUGAAGUACUCAAGCCGUUGCUUCCCUGUAAUGUCAUAUAUCAGUUUGCUCCAGUUGAUACACCUGUUGCUGUGAAUGCUUUUCUUGAAUAUUGGAAACCGUACGCUCUUGUGCUAGUGGAGAAUGAACUAUGGCCAAAUCUUGUUCUUGGUGCCUCAGCAAAUGGUGUUAUGCUAGCAUUAAUAAAUGCUCGAAUGUCAAUAAAAUCCUUCAAUAAUUGGUCCAGACCAGUAGCUCGGCUACUUGCUUCAUUGAUGUUGUCUAAAUUUUCGUUAAUACUUCCAUUGAGCAAUAUUCAGGCAAUUCAUUUUCAGCUGCUGCAAGCUUCACCAUUAAUUAUUAACUUCUCUGGUGACUUAAAACUUGGUAUUGAAGAGUUGGUCAACAUGACAAACAUGGAAGAUUUGAAAGAAAAUAUUGCAGGUAGAUGUGUUUGGAUGGCUUCAUCAAUACAUAGGGGUGAAGAAGAAGUAAUGCUUGGUGUUCACAGAGCCUUAAUGCAGAAGCACCCGAAUAUCCUCGCAAUCAUUGUUCCUCGCCAUCCACAUUUCGGACGGGAGGACUUGCAGAAAAAAGGAGUGAAUGUGGCACUGAGAUCCCAUGGUGACUCGAUAACGUCUGAAACAAGCAUUUACAUGGUGGACACGUUAGGUGAACUGAAGCAAUUUUAUAGAUUAACGCCUAUAGCUGUAAUUGGAGGUUCCUUUUUGCCCGGUUUUACUGGCCAUAAUAUUUCCGAGGCUGCUGCUGCUGGAUGUGCUGUUUUGACUGGUCAACAUGUUGGUCACUUCUCAAAUAUGGUUGUGGCAAUGCAGCGGUUGAAUACUUCAUCGAUAAUGCAGGUAAGUGGUGGUCUGGAACUAGAAGAAAAUCUAGAUAAACUUCUUAGUAGUCCUGAAAUUCUGGAAGAACGGCGUUUGGCUGCAAAACGGGCAUUUCAUGGUUUGUCAAAUGGGGUUGUUGAAAAUGUUUGGACCCUGUUGCAAAUCCAUAUUUUCAGAAAUAAGCCCCCUUCAGUUAUAAGUUAUAACCAGUGCACAUGACUCAUCUGGGUUUGACUUUCUUGGAGUGGUCAAACAUGCACAUGUCAACUGUUCAAUAAAUGGGUAGAUUUGGGUUAAGUUAUACAACUUGUAAUUAAAAGAAAAAUCAUUGCUAAAUGGGGAAUGACUUAAUUAAAAGAGUGGGUGUUAGGGGUUUCGUUCGAAACCGUGAAACUGCUCAAACUGUUCAUUAGUUUGGUCUUGUCGUCGGUUAUUUUUCUAACUUUUUUCCUGGUUGGCCACUUUAGAAACUUUAAACCGUUUAGAACGGUAUGGUUUAUACUCGAAAGCUAACGAAAAAACAAAGCGGGCUGUAGAACGGUAUGGUUUAUACUUGAAAGCUAACCGUUUUUUUUUUUUUUAUUAUACUUGGUCUUUUAGUUAUUUUAAUUUGGACCAUUAA